GCUUACCCUGUAUUCUUCGCACUCACCACGAUACAAUUAUGACAAUGAAGCUUCUUCUUUUGUCCGUGUUAGCUACAGCGGUCAACGCCAGAUGCUUUGAGCCCACCAUCACCCAUCCCUUGCCCGAAUAUGACGCCGAUGACGCGCUUCUCAAACAUGCCUUUGCUGAGAUCGAUACAGCCGUAACGUCGGUCAUAUCGGCUUCUGAGUUCUCUGCAACAUCAUUCUCCAUAGAAGUCACGUCUUCGAAGGAAUCCCUGUGGUCCAAGCACCAUACUGCGAAUGAACGAAACGCUUCGCGGCCUGACAUACCCGAGGUCAACGGUGAUGCGUUGUAUCGAAUUGCGAGUAUCACAAAGACAUUCACUGUCCUGGGAAUAUUGUACCAAGAGAAGGCCGGGAACCUGAGCCUUGACGAUCCAAUCAGCAAGUACAUCAAAGAGCUGGAUGCACCACAGCAUGGUACAUUGCCAUGGAAAGACAUCACGCUGCGUAGUCUAGCUAGUCAGCUGAGUGGCAUACCCCGCGAAUUUGCUCAGGGUGAUUUUGUCAACUUCGAGAAGCUGGGCAUGCCCGAUCCUGUCACAUGGGGUUUGCCACCAGUAUCACGAGAGGAUCUUGUUGAUUGUGAUGAGUACUCGCCUGGCUAUAAGAAAGUCUGCCAUACUGGCGAUCUCCUCGAUGCAGUCAAGUCCCAGAUCCCUAUCUUUGCGCCGAAUCAGCAAUCUACCUAUUCUAAUGUCGCUUUCGAGCUGCUGGGUGUGGUCAUUGAGCGAGUCACAGGACAAGAUUAUAAAUCCUACAUCGAAGAAGCAAUAUUCAAGCCGCUGAACAUGAGCAAGAGCACACUGUCUCUGCCGCCUGAUCAUGCCGGUGUCAUCCCAUCCGGAGAUCAUUACUGGGAUGUUGAUGAAGGAAUCCAGAACCCAACAGGCGGAAUCUAUGCUUCUUCCCAAGAUCUUUCAAAGUACCUACGAUACAUCUUGAAAAAGUACAAUGGUCUCACGCACGCCUUGAAUUGGUUCAAUCCUGUAUCGCCAGCGCGUGGAGCCAAUUCCUUCUAUGGCAUGCCUUGGGAGAUAUUUCACACCGACCGUGUACUGAAUGACUCUCGCCAGUUGGUCAGAUUCGUUACGAAGGGAGGAGGCCUUCCAGGAUAUUCUUCCAUCAUUAUUAGUGCACCUGAAUACGAUCUUGGAUUCACGAUUCUGGUUGCUGGAGACGACACGUUGCUUUUGAAACUGAAAAACAUCGUCACUCGUUUUGUCCGAACUGCAGAGAGGCUUGCUGUUCGGCAACUCCAGGAUCGCUACUCUGGUAAAUACGUCAGCUCCGAUCCCAGCUUGAAUUCAUCAGUCACCUUGGUCGCAGACCAUCGAGGCCUUAUUGUGACCGAAUUCAUCUCAAACUCCUCCGACCUUUUGGACUACGCGUAUACGAAACAUUGGAUCCCGCAACAUGGUGUCCCACAACUUAUUCCGACGCUCCUCUACCGAAACGCGCAAGACCAGAAAGGCGAAGAAUGGCGCAUACAGCCAGUAGAAGACCGCAAUCACGGCGAAAACGAAAUCUGGGACGACUUUUGCAUUACCGACGUUGAAGGUCCACUGUAUGCAGCUGUGCCCGUCAAUAAUUUGGUGUUCUGGAACCAAGGGGAAAAUCAAGUGUUCGAGACACUUGAACUAAGUGCUUUCCGUGUAAACCUCACAAGGGCAAGUCCGGCUGAGCAGGAGCACCUGGAAUUGUAGAUGCAAUCAGGUCGAUUUCUAGCGAAUUGAGCUGAGUCUCAACUGCUGAGACAUUGUUAUAUAACACCAAUUUUCGGUUCAGCCAAGACAGCAAGUCGUUGGACAGCAAAAUGCGACAGUUUUUCCAUAUCGCACUCGUGUCAAAAGCUAACAACUUGAGUUGUGCAAUACUUGACCCAACAAGGGGCAAUCCAUCAACAUGUGGAGCAUGCGGUGAGUCGCAAUGAAAUUGCGCACAAGGUGUCAGCCUUGCUUCAAAGGAUCUUUUGUUUUCAGCAUGUGUGCACUGCAAUCAAGUUGAGCUGACCUUUUGUCCGAUUCAAUGCUUUGGAAACGCGUAUUCCAAAAGCGGGCAAUUUCUGGGGUGCAGGGCGAAUCAUGCUGGGACUGGAUCAUACUGGACACGAGUGUACGACGGCC